GAGCGGCCUGGGGCCGGGCGGCGGAGCGCGGCCCCGCCAUGGGCUUCCUGCACCAGCUGCAGCUGCUGCUCUGGAAGAACGUGACGCUGAAGCGCCGGAGCCCGUGGGUCCUGGCCUUCGAGAUCUUCAUCCCGCUCGUCCUCUUCUUCAUCCUGCUGGGGCUGCGGCAGAAGAAGCCCACCAUCUCCGUGAAGGAAGCCUUCUACACGGCUGCACCCCUCACUUCUGCUGGCAUCCUGCCCGUCAUGCAGUCGCUGUGCCCCGAUGGCCAGCGGGACGAGUUUGGCUUCCUGCAGUACGCCAACUCCACGGUCACCCAGCUGUUGGAGCGCCUCAACCGCGUGGUGGAGGAGGGCAACCUGUUCGACCCUGCGAGGCCCAGCCUAGGCUCGGAACUCGAGGCCCUGCGCCAACGCCUGGAGGCCCUCAGCGUGGGCCCGGACACCAGGGACAGCCAGGCGGACAGGCCUGCAGUGUCCUCCUUCUCUCUGGACUCGGUGGCCCGGGACCCCCGGGAGCUCCGGCGUUUCCUGACACAGAACCUGUCACUGCCUAACAGCACGGCCCAGGCCCUCCUAGCGGCCCAGGUGGACCUGCCCCAGGUCUACCACCUGCUUUCUGGACCUUCCUCUGCCCUGGAUGUGGGGUCGGGCCUCCGCAGGGGCCAAGCACCCAGGAGCCGGCUGGGCAGCCACCCCCUCUUCCAAAUGGAGGAGCUGCUGCUGGCCCCCGCCCUCCUGGAGCAGCUCACUUGCUCCCCGGGCUCCAGGCAGCCUGGUCAGGUGCUCACAGCGCCCCCUGGGGAGCCAUCGGCACUGCAGGGGUUCCGGGCUGUGGUCUGCGGUGGGCAGGCUGCAGCCCGGGCCCAGCGCUUCUCUGAGCUGGCCACUGAGCUCCGGAGCCAGCUGGACAUGGCCAAGAUUGCCCAGCAGCUGGGCCUGGACGCAGCCCCCAACGGCUCAGCCCCCCAGCGGCAGCCACCUUCCGCUCGGCAGCUGCAGGCCCUGCUGGAAGACCUGCUGGACGCCCAGAAGUUUCUGCAGGAUGUGGACGUUCUCUCGGCCCUGGCCCUGCUGCUGCCCCAGGGUGCCUGCGCUGGGCGGGCUCCCGGGGCCCCCGCCAGCGGCUCCGGCCGAACGGCCAAUGGCACCGGGGCGGGCGCGGGCGCCAACGCCACUGUGGAGGAGGGGGCGCCGCCGCUGGCCGCCCCGGUCUCUCCCGAGGCGCUGCCGGGCCAGUGCUCCGCCUUCGUGCAGCUCUGGGCCGGCCUGCAGCCCAUCCUGUGCGGCAACAACCGCACCAUCGAGCCCGAGGCCUUGCGACGCGGCAACAUGAGCUCGCUGGGCUUCACGAGCAAGGAGCAGCGCAACCUGGGCCUGCUGGUGCACCUCAUGACCAGCAACCCCAAGAUCCUCUACGCGCCGGUGGGCUCGGAGGCCGACCUGGUCAUCCUCAAGGCCAACGAGACCUUUGCCUUUGUAGGCAACGUGACCCACUACGCGCGGGUGUGGCUCAACAUCUCUGCCGACAUCCGCGGCUUCCUGGCCCAGGGCCGGCUACAGCGGCAUCUGCACUGGCUGCAGCAGUACGUGGCUGAGCUGCGCCUGCACCCCGAAGCCCUGAACCUGUCACUGGAGGAGCUGCCGCCCGCCCUGCGCCGGGACAACUUCUCGCUGCCCAACGGCUCGGCCCUCCUGCAGCAGCUGGACACCAUUGACAACGCGGCCUGCGGCUGGAUCCAGUUCAUGUCCAAGGUCAGCGUGGACAUCUUCAAGGGUUUUCCCGACGAGGAGAGCAUCGUCAACUACACGCUCAACCAGGCCUAUCAGGACAACGUCACGGUGUUCGCCAGCGUGAUCUUCCAGACGCGGAAGGACGGCUCCCUGCCGCCGCACGUCCACUACAAGAUCCGCCAGAACUCCAGCUUCACCGAGAAGACCAACGAGAUCCGCCGCGCCUACUGGCGGCCGGGGCCCAACACCGGCGGCCGCUUCUACUUCCUCUAUGGCUUCGUCUGGAUCCAGGACAUGAUGGAGCGAGCCAUCAUCAACACCUUUGUGGGCCACGACGUGGUGGAGCCGGGCAACUACGUGCAGAUGUUCCCCUACCCCUGCUACACGCGUGACGACUUUCUGUUUGUCAUCGAGCACAUGAUGCCGCUCUGCAUGGUGAUCUCCUGGGUCUACUCGGUGGCCAUGACCAUCCAGCACAUCGUGGCGGAGAAGGAGCACCGGCUCAAGGAGGUGAUGAAGACGAUGGGCCUGAACAACGCGGUGCACUGGGUGGCCUGGUUCAUCACCGGCUUCGUGCAGCUGUCCAUCUCGGUGACCGCGCUCACCGCCAUUCUCAAGUACGGCCAGGUCCUCAUGCACAGCCACGUGCUGAUCAUCUGGCUCUUCCUGGCCGUGUACGCCGUGGCCACCAUCAUGUUCUGCUUCCUGGUGUCCGUGCUGUACUCCAAGGCCAAGCUGGCCUCGGCCUGCGGCGGCAUCAUCUACUUCCUGAGCUACGUGCCCUACAUGUACGUGGCCAUCCGCGAGGAGGUGGCGCACGACAAGAUCACUGCUUUCGAGAAGUGCAUCGCGUCCCUGAUGUCCACAACAGCCUUCGGCCUGGGCUCCAAGUACUUCGCCCUGUACGAGGUGGCCGGCGUGGGCAUCCAGUGGCACACCUUCAGCCAGUCCCCUGUGGAGGGUGACGACUUCAACCUGCUACUGGCCGUCACCAUGCUGGUGGUGGAUGCGGCUGUGUACGGUGUGCUCACGUGGUACAUCGAGGCCGUCCACCCAGGAAUGUAUGGCCUGCCGCGGCCCUGGUACUUCCCGCUGCAGAAGUCCUACUGGCUGGGCAGUGGGCGGACAGAGGCCUGGGAGUGGAGCUGGCCGUGGGCUCACGCCCCCCGCCUCAGCAUCAUGGAGGAGGGCCAGGCCUGUGCCAUGGAGAGCCGGCGCUUGGAGGAGAUGCGUGGCAUGGAGGAGGAGCCCACCCACCUGCCCCUGGUGGUCUGCGUGGACAAGCUGACCAAAGUCUAUAAGAACGACAAGAAGCUGGCCUUGAACAAGCUGAGCCUGAACCUCUACGAGAACCAGGUGGUCUCCUUCCUGGGCCACAACGGGGCGGGCAAGACCACCACCAUGUCUAUCCUGACGGGCCUGUUCCCGCCGACGUCGGGCUCAGCCACCAUCUACGGGCACGACAUCCGCACCGAGAUGGACGAGAUCCGCAAAAACCUGGGCAUGUGCCCGCAGCACAACGUGCUCUUCGACCGCCUCACGGUGGAGGAGCAUCUCUGGUUCUACUCGCGGCUCAAGAGCAUGGCGCAGGCGGAGAUCCGCAAGGAGAUGGACAAGAUGAUCGAGGACCUGGAGCUGUCCAACAAGCGGCACUCGCUGGUGCAGACGCUGUCGGGAGGCAUGAAGCGCAAGCUCUCCGUGGCCAUUGCCUUUGUGGGCGGCUCCAGGGCCAUCAUCCUGGACGAGCCGACCGCGGGCGUGGACCCCUACGCCCGCCGCGCCAUCUGGGACCUCAUCCUGAAGUACAAGCCGGGCCGCACCAUCCUUCUGUCCACACACCACAUGGACGAGGCCGACCUGCUGGGAGACCGCAUAGCCAUCAUCUCCCACGGGAAGCUCAAGUGCUGCGGCUCCCCGCUCUUCCUCAAGGGCGCCUACGGCGACGGCUACCGCCUCACGCUGGUCAAGCGGCCUGCUGAGCCCGGCGGCCCCCAAGAGCCAGGGCUGGCAUCCAGCCCGUCCGGACGGGCCCAGCUGAGCAGCUGCUCGGAGCCCCAGGUCUCCCAGUUCAUCCGCAAGCAUGUGGCCUCCUGCCUGCUGGUCUCGGACACCAGCACUGAACUCUCCUACAUCCUGCCCAGCGAGGCUGCCAAGAAGGGAGCCUUUGAGCGCCUCUUUCAGCAUUUGGAGUGCAGUCUGGACGCGCUGCACCUGAGCAGCUUUGGGCUGAUGGACACGACGCUGGAGGAGGUCUUCCUCAAGGUGUCCGAGGAGGACCAGUCACUGGAGAACAGCGAGGCGGACACAAAGGAGUCCAGGAAGGAUGUGCUGCCGGGGGCAGAGAGUCUGGCAUCCGGGGAGGCUCACGAGGGCAACCUGGCCCGGUGCUCGGAGCUGGCCCAGUCACAGGCCUCGCUGCAGUCUCUGUCCUCCAUGGGCUCGGGCUGCGGUCACGAGGGCACCGGCCACACCGACACCCACGGCGACUACCGCCCGCUCUUCAACGACCUCCAGGAUCCCGACAACAUCAGUCUGCAAGAGGCCCAGGCCGAGGCGCUGGCACGGGCCGGCCAAGGCAGCCGCAAGCUGGAGGGCUGGUGGCUGAAGGCGCGCCAGUUCCACGGGCUGCUGGUGAAGCGCUUCCACUGCGCCCGCCGCAACUCCAAGGCGCUGUCCUCCCAGAUCCUGCUGCCCGCCUUCUUCGUGUGCGUGGCCAUGACAGUGGCCCUCUCCGUGCCCGAGAUUGGCGACCUGCCUCCUCUGGUCCUGUCCCCCUCCCAGUACCACAACUAUACCCAACCCCGAGGCAACUUCAUCCCCUAUGCCAACGAGGAGCGCCAGGAGGACCGGCUGCAUCUGUCGCCCGAUGCCAGCCCCCAGCAGCUGGUGGGCACAUUCCGGCUGCCGUCUGGGGUAGGCGCCACGUGUGUGCUGAAGUCUACAGCCAAUGGCUCACUGGGGCCCACGCUGAACCUGAGCAGUGGCCAGUCACGCCUGCUGGCUGCACGGUUCUUUGACAGCAUGUGCCUGGAGUCCUUCACGCAGGGCCUGCCGCUGUCCAACUUUGUGCCACCCCCACCCUCGCCAGCCCCGCCUGACACCCCGCUGUCCCCAGAGGAGGGCCUGUUGCAGAGCUGGACUGCGCCCUUGCCACCCACCUCGGGGCCAGAGAACUGGACCUUGGCUCCCUCCCUGCCCCGCCUGGUGCGGGAGCCCCUGCGCUGUACCUGCUCCUCCCAGGGCACCGGCUUCUCCUGCCCGGGGGGCGUGGGUGGCCGCCCGCCCCAGAUGCGGGUGGUCACGGGCGACAUCUUGACCGACAUCACCGGCCACAAUGUCUCUGAGUACCUGCUGUUCACCUCGGACCGCUUCCGGCUGCACAGGUACGGCGCCAUAACAUUCGGCAACGUGCAGAAGUCUGUCCCUGCCUCGUUUGGCACCCGGGCCCCGGCCAUGGUGCGGAAGAUUGCAGUGCGCCGGGCAGCUCAGGUCUUCUACAACAACAAGGGCUACCACAGCAUGCCCACCUACCUCAACAGCCUCAACAACGCCAUCCUGCGGGCCAACCUGCCCAAGAGCAAGGGCAACCCCGCGGCCUACGGCAUCACCGUCACCAACCACCUGAACAAGACGAGCGCCAGCCUCUCCCUGGAUUACCUGCUGCAGGGCACAGACGUCGUCAUCGCCAUCUUCAUCAUCGUGGCCAUGUCCUUUGUGCCGGCCAGCUUUGUGGUCUUUCUGGUGGCAGAGAAGUCCACCAAGGCCAAGCACCUGCAGUUCGUCAGCGGCUGCAACCCUGUCAUCUACUGGCUGGCCAACUACGUGUGGGACAUGCUCAACUACCUGGUCCCGGCCACCUGCUGCGUCCUCAUCCUGUUCGUGUUCGACCUGCCGGCCUACACGUCGCCCACCAACUUCCCGGCCGUGCUGUCCCUCUUCCUGCUCUACGGGUGGUCCAUCACGCCCGUCAUGUACCCGGCCUCCUUCUGGUUCGACGUGCCCAGCUCGGCCUACGUGUUCCUCAUCGUCAUCAACCUGUUCAUCGGCAUCACGGCCACCGUGGCCACCUUCCUGCUGCAGCUCUUCGAGCACGACAAGGACCUGAAGGCCGUCAACGGCUACCUGAAGAGCUGCUUCCUCGUCUUCCCCAACUACAACCUCGGCCACGGGCUCAUGGAGAUGGCCUACAACGAGUACCUCAACGAGUACUACGCCAAGAUCGGCCAGUUUGACAAGAUGAAGUCCCCCUUCGAAUGGGACAUUGUCACCAGGGGGCUGGUGGCCAUGACGGUCGAGGGCUUCGUGGGCUUCUUCCUGACCAUCAUGUGCCAGUACAACUUCCUGCGGCAGCCACAGCGCAUGCCCGUGUCUACCAAGCCCGUGGAGGACGACGUGGACGUGGCCAGCGAGCGGCAGCGGGUGCUGCGGGGGGACGCCGACAACGACAUGGUCAAGAUAGAGAACUUGACCAAGGUGUACAAGUCGCGGAAGCUGGGCCGCAUCCUGGCUGUCGACCGCCUGUGCCUGGGGGUGCGUCCCGGCGAGUGCUUCGGCCUCCUGGGUGUCAACGGCGCCGGCAAGACCAGCACCUUCAAGAUGCUGACUGGGGACGAGAGCACGACGGGGGGCGAGGCCUUUGUCAACGGGCACAGCGUGCUCAAGGAGCUGCUCCAGGUGCAGCAGAGUCUGGGGUACUGCCCGCAGUUCGACGCCCUGUUCGACGAGCUCACGGCCCGCGAGCACCUGCAGCUGUACACGCGCCUGCGCGGCAUCCCCUGGCGGGACGAGGCCCGGGUUGUGAAGUGGGCCCUGGAGAAGCUGGAGCUGACCAAGUACGCAGACAAGCCGGCAGGAACCUACAGCGGCGGCAACAAGCGGAAGCUGUCCACGGCCAUCGCCCUCAUCGGGUACCCCGCCUUCAUCUUCCUGGACGAGCCCACCACCGGCAUGGACCCCAAGGCCCGGCGCUUCCUCUGGAACCUCAUUCUCGAACUUAUCAAGACGGGGCGCUCCGUGGUGCUGACCUCGCACAGCAUGGAGGAAUGCGAGGCGCUGUGCACGCGGCUGGCCAUCAUGGUGAACGGGCGCCUGCGCUGUCUGGGCAGCAUCCAGCACCUGAAGAACCGGUUCGGAGAUGGCUACAUGAUCACCGUGAGGACCAAGAGCAGCCAGAGCGUGAAGGAUGUGGCGCGGUUCUUCAACCGGAACUUUCCCGAGGCCGUGCUCAAGGAGCGGCACCACACGAAGGUGCAGUACCAGCUCAAGUCGGAGCACAUCUCGCUGGCGCAGGUGUUCAGCAAGAUGGAGCAGGUGGUGGGCGUGCUGGGCAUCGAGGACUACUCAGUCAGCCAGACCACCCUAGACAACGUGUUCGUGAACUUUGCCAAGAAGCAGAGCGACAACCUGGAGCAGCAGGAGACAGAGACCCCCUCCGCCCUGCAGUCGCCCCUGGGCCGCCUGCUCAGCCUGCUCCGGCCCCGGCCCCCCCCCACCGAGCUGCGGGCCUUGGUGGCCGACGAGCCCGAGGACCUGGACACAGAGGACGAGGGCCUCAUCAGCUUCGAGGAGGAGCGGGCCCAGCUCUCCUUCAACACGGACACGCUCUGCUGACGGCCGCAGCUGCCCGGGGACACGGCUGUGGGGACAGGAGCCAGGCGGCGGCCGAGGCUGCCCAGGCCCCAGGCCCGCUCACCAGGACCCAGGGCGACCCCCGCAGCCCACCUCCCGCGGCCACCGCAGCCGCCGACUGUGCCAAAGGCCGGCCCGGCCCUGGGCUGCACCCUCACCCUGCUUUGCCUUAAAGCCCUGGCGUCUGCCCAGCCCCUCGCCUCUGCCCGGCCCGGCCCCGCAGCCGGGUCAUGGGGUGGCACGGCCGCCUCCCGACCCCCCUCCUGGCCGGGCCUCCAGAACGGACUUUCUGUUUGCGGGGACUGGACGGCGGCGCGGGGGUGUGGCUGGGCUGGCUGAGGCCGCCCCAGGCGCCUAUUUAUUCUGCUUCGGGAAGAGGUUCCUUGCCCAGCGGCUUGCGGCCGCCCUAGGGGGCCCCCGAGGGGGCCAGGCCGCAGGACGGAGAAGCUGGCCUGGGCCAGGUGAGGGGCAGCCGCCUCCCCACCCUCCAGCUGCCCCUGCUCCCCCAGCUUGGCCGCCCCUGCCCCAGCCGGGCCUGUACAGAGCGCAGAAGUUUGUUUUCAAUAAAACAGAAA